GUUCUCUUCAGAGUAUUAAUAAGAAAACGAGCUACGCAGACGACAAAAACAGGCAAGUGGUAAAUCCCCCAGAAUAAUCCGUAUAUGAACUUUGUUAUUUAAAUUCUUUUUUACUUUUGUAUUUCACUUAGACAUUUUUUUUUUCUUUCUCUGUUUUACAAUCUUUCUUUUUUCUUAAGAAGCUGUUACACGGGACGAUUCGCAACGACGAUUUUUAGCUCAACACAGCGUUGCAAUGCCGGGACAAUGUUGUUAGCAUUCGAAACAUAGUCGCAACAACGGUUGCAAUUAACGCUGUGUUGGGCUGAAAACUACUGAAAUAUUUUUUGGCCAGCAUCAAUAUUAACAAGCACUGGACAUAACUGUGCGUCUUACCAGUGGGUAGCCAUAAAUGAUUAAACGGCAAUGUUAUUAGCAUCAAAAGUGGGCUUUGCAUGUGUGAGGAGCCUACCGGGAAAACAAGUUGUCCCAUCAAAUUUGCAGACUCCAGCUAAAAGACGCAAACGGUACAAUUUGAUUCUUUAAAAACUAAUUUGUUUUUCACUUCUAUAAUUUUGAAAGAGUUAGACAUGACUGAAAAAAAGGUUUUUAAAACUAUGUAUCGAAAACGGCUAAUUUGAGGCAAUAUCAAACGUUAACGUACGGUCAGUAAAGGGGAUUUGAAAUACUGGGGCCAGAAUUUGAGUAGGAACCUUAAUCAACAAUCUGUAAAUGAAGUACUCGCUCAUACUCGCCUUUUUAUUGGAUCGGAAUGAGCAUGGACUCGACUCUCUAUAGCUAAGGAGAUCCCGCAGCAAGAACUAUCACCAGCUGAGUCUUCUAGUCUGCAUUUCUUGGUUCACCGCAUGUACAUUUACCCUUUCAUAAUAUUUUCCCCUUGAUAAUUGAUAUGUUUCAAGGCUUAAUCGAAGUCUAACUUAUUAAAGUUUUUCUUUUGAAGGCUGUUAAGUCAUGAAGGCGCUGAAACAAAUCUUCUGCAUGUCCGUUAUAUCUGUUUUGGGCCAAGUGCACUGCACAGUGGUAACUCCACAAUGCUCAAGCGGUGGAUACGAGAUAUCCAUACUGGGUUGGAUGUUACAAGGACACAUUUACAAAACGAUGGAGGCAAACUUCCCGCUAGACUGCUUAUUCGCUUGUAGAGAAGACGACCGAUGCCAAAGUUUCAAUUGGGUGAUCUCUCGUCACUUGUGCGAGUUUAAUAACAGAACAAAGGAAGCCAGAUCUGAGGAUUUCGUGUCAGACCCAGACAGAUUUUACUUUAGACGAUACAAAAACAGAGGUAAAAAGGUGUUUUAGAUAAUACUACCUAAGAAACAGUGGAGACCUUAUUGAAACAUUUGAAAACAUUUAAAGACCUACUCAGGUGUUGUGGCUGUUGUAAAUUCACUUUAAGUAAUACAUUUCAGCAUUUAGGCCACGAGGACUUAAAGAUCGAUAAAGAGUUCAGCGUGAUUGAAACAAACUGGGCCUUUAUCUUUCGCAAAGAAGUCUGGGACUGCUCUGGAAACGGGGAUCCCAGAAGUCUUUGUAAAAGGUAACUCGGCCCAGUUUCCACCCUGUUCUAAAGAGGCGAAUCUAAAACAGAAUUCAAUAGAGCGGAGAAGUCAUUACGUCACGUUGCCAUGGUAGCAACAUUUCUGGAUGACAACAAACCAAAAUGUCAUUUAAAAAGUGGAUUUGCACUGUUUCAAAUUUCUUCGAUCUUAAUUUCAUUUAAUUUGUCAAAUGCUGGCGAAAUUUUCUGGGUUGAAUCCGUAAGGACCGUAUCAAAGUUUAGAAAAAGAAAAAAAAUUUUUUGUGUGUUGUGCUCACCUACUUCAUAAAGCGGGCGCGUGAAAUUAGGAAGUUUCAUGUCGCAUUCGUACAACAGCGGUUAAGAAGUGUACCAAAAAAGCGUGAUGCACGUGCAAAGUUGUUUUUUUGCACUAAACCUAUUUUUUUGCUAUUCGCCGUCGCCGUUGCAAAAACUCCUUGUCCUUGUGAUCCAGAAAUUUUGCUACCAUGGUAACAUGACGUCACACUUCUCUUUACAUCUGUUUUGUCUCUCCAGUCCCUCUCGGUUCAAUUCCUGAACUGCCGGCUGAAACCUGCAAGGAAAUAAAAGCAAGCGAGGAACAAGCGGUCAGCGGCAAGUACUGGUUAUACACCAUAAAAGAGAACAUUCCUGUUCUAGCUCACUGUGACAUGGAAACUUUCGGUAAGUUUUAAAUUGCACUGGAAUUACAUCUAGAAACACACUGCAGGCUACUUAUUCUUAAACGUGCUCGUGGACAUUUAAUAGGUCGACUAACCUUUGCUUCUUGUCGAUCGGAAAUGCUUAGGCGUCGUCAUGGCUCACUAUUGUGGCUGCGUUUUGAACGUUUUCGGCCUUCCAUAUUAGGGAGUUUAAGCGGCGACGUUUUUGAGCGACGCACGUCAAACGGAAGUGGACUUUUUCCGCUCUUGAGCCAUGACUUUUUUAACAAAUUUUUGGGCAAAUCGUCCUAUAAGAGUAAAGACACAUAGCAAUACAAAUUUACUUGCUUCACGGCAUGUUAAAAAUGAAAAAAGCCCUCUUCCGGUUGACAUGGCGUCGCUCUGAAAACGUCGCUGGUUAAACUCCCCAUUAAGCCAUCAACAGCGUAAACUGCUGUUUCAUGCCAUUCUUUUCGUAUCACCGGCCGUCACCUCUGUUGAAUUGCCAGAACACAGGGUAUAGACUGACCCCUGGAUUUGGUUAUAUGUUUGUCCUCAGGUUCCUUUCGGGUGUUUUAUGUAUGUGUGUAGUUCUGAUCAAGUUUAUCCUCAAAUACCUCAACGUUUACAAAACUUUUGUUUUUUCCCGUCCACAUUAAAACGGUAAGAUGGUGUUCAAAAGUUUUUUAUUUAUUAUUAUUUUAUAAUUACAAAGCGUUUUUAAAAAAAUCUCACCGUGCAAGGUUGCGUUUUGAAAAAUAAACCGAUUAGGUAGGUUGAAUGAGGUCUUACAUUGUUCUCGUCUCGCUAACAGACUAAUUGCUGGGCGCCCAGGAGUUUUUUUUUCCAUAAAAAAUGCAAUACUCUUCACCUUGCCUUGCUGUGACGCCUCUAGAAGGGCAUAGCCUUAGAAUAUGUCCAUAUUUGAGACCACGGCUAUCUUUAAAAGCUACUACAACAACAACAGUUUAUACAAUUUGAAAAUAAUUUACAAUUAUGUUACCUGCAAUCAGGGGGCUAAAUUCUCGUUGGGUAACAAUACAAGUCUCCUAGUAAUAAUUACGUCAGCGGAAAUUAAAUAGACGACGCGUCCAUCUUGAUCAACUCACCGCAGACCAACAUAUAUUGAGGGAUGUUCAGGGUUCUUUCUAGCAAAAACUUAAAUUAUACUUUUAAAAGAUAAAAACGUUAACUACAAUGUAUCGUACGAUAAGGAAUGGAAUUGGAAGGGCCAUAAUUAACCCCUUAAACUGACUUGUUGAGCCGACAUUAUCAAUUUAUGUCUUACUAUUUAUUAGACGCUGACGAGUGGUCCAUUCGAGAAAUUUUAAGGCUAUGCAAUUUUUAUAUUUCUUGACCUUAAGGAAAUUUGUCUUUCUAUUUAUAUCUAUUUAUAAGACAUUGACGAGUGCUCUGCUACCUCUCCUGCUUGUGACGUCAAUGCCAACUGUACAAACACUCGCGGUUCUUAUCUGUGCACUUGCAAGACUGGAUUCUCCGGGGACGGAAAAACUUGCAAGGGUAAGUAAGAGUUAUACACCAUUCGAGACCUAUUGAAAGAGAACGUGAGUCUGGGUCACGUGGGUCGUGUUAAAUUGCAUUAUGUGACUGCUUUGAGAGCGAUUUUGGACCAGUUUCCAUCGCAGCCUCGUCAAAUCCGAAAAAAGAAGAGCAGGCGUCCCAAAACUAACCCAAUCUAUUACGAAAAAGGUGUAGCCUGCGUGGCUGGGGUUAAAAGGGAAAGGGGAAGGGCUAAUGUGGGCGCCCCCUACACGCGCGCAACGCGCGCUACACAACGUCGAAAUCCAAUGGCCAGUAUCAUAAAGGACUACAGCUCACAUAAUUGGAGAGACCAUUUUACAGUGUGAGACGGUAAAACGCUUUCAUUUCGGACGAAAACUCCCUUUGUUUAAAGUGAUAAAACGAAUGACGGCCCUUUUCUUAUUCAACUAAACUUACUGAGGUCUUGCCGCUAACAAAUUUCACUGCCAAGUGUCUUUACUCUUAUAGACUGAGACGAUUAAUUUUUGGCGAAAAUUUGGGCGAGACCACUGCCCAAGAAUGCAAAAAUUCCAAGUUCCGAUUGAUAUGCGUCGCUUUCAAACGACUUUGCUUUAGCUACCUAAUGACACACUAACAUGACUGACAGGGUAUGAAGUCGACAUUUCUUAAGUCCCAAAUAUCCGGACAGAAAGGUACCUGAAAUUGGACUAAAUCGAUCGAGAUAUAAGUUGGUCUUUUUGCCACUGGAACUUGUGAAUAAAUUCACUUCAGGGAGGCUAAAUCUGUAGAAAUUCGUUAUCAGGGCUUGGAGUUCUGCGAUUAUGACGAAGUCGCUGAAGUCGAAACUAGACUAUGGUCCUUUGCGGGUGACCUUCGACUGACGCGCCAAAGAGGGACUGCUCGAAAGAGUACUUACACAUAAUCCAGCCAAUCGUUCAUCCAAGAUUUUUUUUAACAACAAGCGUCAACUUUUAUCAUGUUCAACGCUGUUGUUUGCCUUAUUUUUGGUAGAAAAGAUGACAAACAAAGUAAGCUAAAGUAUGUGUUUAUAAAAAGUUUCAGAUUGCCUCAACUACCAAAAUUUGACCAACGGUAACAGGAAAGUAUCCCAUGGUUCAUCUCCACUUCUUUGUGAUAAUUCACUCCCACAUGGAUGGUAUCGUUUCCAAGGUAACGCAGGGACAAAAAUGCCUACGUCAUGCGUUGCUCCUAACAAAUGUAGUACCCAUGCCACUGGCUGGCUUAACGGUGCUCAUCCGUCAGUAGAAGAAGGCAAAGUCACCAAAAAGGUCUGCUUCAACUGGGAAUCAAACUGCUGCAGGUGGUCCAUCGAUAUUGAAGUAAUCAACUGCGGAGAUUUCUUCCUGUAUCACUUCAGAGGAACGCCCCCGGAACAUCCAUGUCAUCUCCGUUACUGUGGUACAGACUGA